AUGCAUAAGGAAUUUCUUAUUUCCAAAAAAAUAUAUCUCAUUCGAUCUCCCUGUUUACAGGCUUUCUGCACGUUGCUGCUAACGAGCGAGCCUCUGAUCACUUAUGCCAACAAGGUGGUACUGGUGAUUCCGCAACAGACGAGACGCAUGUACCAUGGUGGUGGUGGUGGUUUGGCACCAUCGUGGCAGCCACGUUUCAGAAAAUCGUCCCUAGGUAACGAAGUUCAUUACCACAAGUACCAUCACGGCCCACCCGCCCACUAUUUCUCGAAAAAGUCCGUGUACAGAAGCCCUCCGUUCCCACACGGAGGAGACGACUUCGAUCAAGGCUACGAGCACGUUAACCACGUGCGUGUUCCCUAUGGGAAGGACAUCAGCCACGCAAUUUCGUUUGGAAAAGGUUACAUCCCUUAUGACAAGAUCAAAGGCAGUUUCUCAUUUGGUCGUGAGAGGAAGCCAAGCUUGCAGGAACAAAGCUACCAACCGGAGCCAGAAUUUUCCUCGCCCGACUCCGACUACUCGCCAUCGGGACAAUCGUACGAAUCCUCGUAUCCGGAAACCUUCUUCCCCGACCCGGAGACCGCCUUAAACUACAACGAGAGGCGGAACGAUCGCAAAAAGUUCUAUUCCUCGAGAUCAAUCGAGAAGGACAUCAUUGGGAACAACCCUUUAGCCUUUGCCUCGGAUAAGGAUUCUCAGAUUCUUCUGGUGCAACAGAAGGGCGUGGAUCUGUACAAGAGCGUGCCUGCUCAACCGCAAGAUGGCGUGUUGCUGCCGAGUGGCGUCCCAUCGGCCACCAUCGGCGGCAGUAAAGAGGGGAUCGUGUUGAGGGACACGGUGGCACUGGACGAGUAUCAGCAGAAGCUUCAAGAGAUGACCAAAUCCUGGCCGCAAUUCUUGUAACCGGCCACCGCUUUUGCCAACAAUUAUCAAAGCCAGCACGUGGCGGCGAGUUACUCGACAGAUGGCAGCUCGGUCGCUGCAGGCUUCAGUGGCUCCAUCGAUUGGCCAACGAGCUUCGCUCAACCGAAGCAAGGAUACGACGUCAAGGAGGACACUAUGGAGCAGCCGCAGAAUUUCAGAAUGCCUGUUCACGCCUCUCCUUAUAGCACCGUCUCCGUGCCGGUGAGCGUGGCGAUACCGACUAUCGCGCAGCCUGUUCAUGGAUAGAGGAUACGGAGAGGAUUUG